CUCCAACUAAGGCUUCGCAGAAAUUCCUCCCACGGCGCAGCUCUUUUUGCAAGCUGUAGACAGGUACAGGUGUCAGCAGCUUAGGAAUUAUCCCCCUGCGUCUGCAUAUAUAAACUCUCCCCCUCCUUGCUUGGAGACCCGCGCGAGAAGGCAAGACACGGUCGAAGAUGGGUCUGCUGUCAGAAGGGAAGCCGCUCACGUGGGAAGAGACCAGGAAGUACGUGGAGCUGGUGAAGCGAACGGGCGCUCUCCAGUUUCUGGCCAACUACAACCGUCUCAAGGACAGACCUCGAGACGAGCUCAAAUGGGGAGACGAGAUCGAGUACACUCUGGUCGCCGUUGACGAUGACAAGAAGCGAACGCAGCUACACCUCAUCGGACCAGACAUCUUGCAAGGCCUACAGGUGCCAGAGACGGAAGACCCUGACAAUCACUCCACAAAGUGGAGACCGGAAUACGCUAGCUACAUGAUUGAAGGUACACCGGGGGCGGUCCCGUAUGGAGGGAGUGCCCACCAUCUGAAUGUGGUCGAAGCCAACAUGACCGUGAGGAGAAAGCAGCUGCAGGAGGCUCUGAAAGGGACGACCACUGUUCCCCUGUGCAUCACGGCCUUCCCCCGCAUCGGGUGUCCUUCAUUCACCCUCCCUGCCUACCCCCUCUCUCCCCUCCCUCCCGCCUCUCGGUCUCUGUUCUUCCCCGACGAGGCCGUCUGGAGCGGACACCCCAGAUUCAUAACUCUAACGAGGAACAUCAGAGAAAGAAGAGGGGAGAAAGUGGCAAUGAACGUUCCAAUCUUCAAAGAUACGAACACACCAAGUCCAUUUGUUGAGAAGUUUCCAACAGAUAUCGAUGGCACAGGUUCAGUCAGAGCAAAGCCUGAUCACGUCUACCUCGACUGUAUGGGGUUUGGUAUGGGUUGCAGCUGUCUACAGGUAACAUUCCAAGCAUGUGAUCUCCCGGAAGCAAGACUUCUAUAUGACCAGUUAGCAGUUAUAUGCCCUAUUAUGCUGUCAAUUUCAGCGGCGACUCCUGUAGUUAGAGGUUAUCUGACUGACAUGGACUGCCGGUGGAACAUAGUGUCUGGAUCAGUCGAUGAUAGAACUGAGGAGGAGAGAGGACUAAAGCCUCUCUCUGAGUCCCAGUUUGCAAUCCCGACAUCUCGCUAUGACACCAUAGACUGCUACAUCUCCAGCCACGAGUACAACGACAUACCAAUUCUUUGCGACCCCAAAAUCUUCCAAACCCUUCGCGACGGAGGAGUGGAUGAGCUGUUGGCACGUCAUGUGGCCCACCUGUUCAUCAGGGACCCCGUCUCUCUCUUUGAGGAGAAGAUUCAUCAGAACAUCGAGGAUGACGUCGACCAUUUCGAGAACAUUCAGUCCACCAACUGGCAGACUAUGAGGUUCAAGCCUCCGCCUCUCAAUUCUACCAUCGGAUGGAGGGUGGAGUUCAGGCCACUGGAAGUACAGCUAACUGACUUUGAAAACGCUGCAUUCGUCGUCUUUGUCGUUCUGCUGACGCGAGCCAUUCUCUCUUUCAAACUCAACAUCCUCAUACCAAUCUCCAAGAUGCAGGAGAACAUGACAAGGGCACAGAAGAGAGACGCGGUUCGCAGCGAGAAGUUUUACUUCAGAAAGAGUGUUGUCCCCGACGACGACAAAGAUGAUAACGAGGGGGCGGAGCCUAAGGGAUCGCAUGACCACGAGUACACAGAAAUGUCUGUGGACACUAUCAUCAAUGGCAAGGACGAGUUCCCGGGUCUCAUUCCUCUGGUGAGGAUGUAUGUCAACAGUAUAGAGAUGGAUGUGGACACUCGAUGCUCCGUCAUGCAGUACCUCCGACUCAUCUCCAAGAGAGCUUCUGGUGAGCUAAUGACAGGUGCAAGAUGGAUAAGACACUUCCUCACCUCUCACCCUCUCUACAAACAAGACUCUGUCGUCACCGAGGAGAUGAACUAUGACCUCGUCAAGAGGAUGAUGGAGAUCUCCGAGGGGACUGUCCCCUGUCUAGAGCUAACGGGAAAACUCCUCCCAAAAUCAGUCGAUAAUUAAUUAACAAUUUUUAAAACCAGUAAACUACCUUUUUACCGUGAACAAUUUUCAUAUUAAUGCCAUAAUUUAAAAAUAAAGUAGUCACGUUAUUCUUGUAUCAUCUUCUAUCAGAAUUUCACAUCGUUUUCGCUGGGUGUGUGAGAGAGGGUCCAUGAUGGAUGUGGAGUGGGCGUGGUCGGGUGGGUGUGGUCUCAGCAAUGUCUUAAGACGUACGGCCUCAAGGGAAGUGGGUUGACUGUUGAUGAGCCAUUGAAGUUCUUCAUCCUGUGUGGUGAAUAUUAAUGUACACACUCUUUAAUAUACUUGAAACGUGAGUCUUGCGCAAGUCUCAAAUCCUUACUUGACCCUAGUGUUUCAGUUUAAAGGGGAAAUUUCACCAAUAUUUUGAUUACCCGUCACUCUCUAUGUUCAAUUUGCCGGUAACUCUGUGAAAAGUACCUACCUUGAAAAAUCAGAUGAGAAGAAGAACUGACCUGCUGUUUUUCAUAGCAUUCUCGCAGUGACUUUAUUCUAUGUCUGGCCUCCGCUGCUCUGAUUUGUCCGAUGAGUUCACUGUCUUUCUCCAACUCCACCAACUUACCCAGACUCAACUGCUCCUGCUGCCUGCCGUUCUCUGCUGAGCUUGUCUCUCUCUGACUCGUUUCACUGACUCCAUCUGUUUCUCCUGGACCUCCUUGGAAGGUGGCUCAUAUGCCAGGUAGCGGCUCCUGGCCACUGGUCCAAUCCUCUCCAGUUCUCUCUGUGAGCACUCUCUCCAGCUCUUGACCUCUCUCCUCCCCUCCCCUCCACCCACCCUCCCCUCUCCAACUCCCCUCGUCUCUUUCUCCAGCCGUUUCACCAACUGUUGC